AACACUUAGUGAAAUUAAACGAAGUCGACUAAGUUAACGUAAAUUGAAAAAUAUCACCUACAUGAGCCAUACGUAACGCGAAAAUUAACGGCCCACACCUCACGAACAAGUGAAACUACGCCGAAGACUGAUACUGUGAUUUCCUUGGGGUUACAGUUGGGGAUGGGCGAUUCAACAAUAUCCGAAUUCUGGCAGACGCUGAGCCACUCGAGAACGGAGGACUAGAUUUGAAAGCCAAAUGAGCAGAUAACCCAUAUCGGACGCAAAAGUGGGACUCCAAAUCCUCGUAGCAGAUGCAUAAAGAAAUUCGCGAACCGUAGUUUGCGGUGUGAUAAGAUAAAACGAACAGAUAAAGAUACUGUGAUCUGUGACCGUCUCGUGGUACGGGCCUUCUGAAGGGAUAUGUCCAUUUUGGAUCAGAGCCGUGGUCUGCCGCAUCUCCCUGGAUUACCCCCAGGUGGACCACCGAUGAUACCGCCGCACCCCAUGGAGGGACCACCUAGCUCUGACGUUCUGCUGGCGCUGUUGGCAAGGAACAAGGCGCUGGAAGCUACUAUACCAAAAUGUGGGGGUUGUCAUGAGCUCAUCCUAGACAGAUUCAUAUUGAAGGUAGCAGACAGAACGUGGCACUCAAAAUGCCUUCAAUGCAGCGAGUGUAGGAUACAGUUGACAGAUAAAUGUUUCGCUAGGAACGGACAGCUUUAUUGUAAAGAUGAUUUUUUUAAUGGGUGCAGACGAUUUGGAACGAAGUGUGCAAGCUGUGACCUCGGCAUCCCUCCAACGCAGGUCGUAAGGAGGGCCCAGGACAGCGUCUACCACCUGCAGUGCUUCUCGUGCAUCAUCUGCUCCAGACAGCUGAACACAGGAGAUGAGUUCUACCUGAUGGAGGACAGAAAGCUGGUCUGCAAGCCCGACUACGAAGCUGCCAAGUCAAAAGCUGCUGAGUGUUUGGACGGUGAUCAACCAAACAAAAGGCCGCGAACGACAAUAACCGCUAAACAAUUAGAAACGUUAAAAAACGCCUACAACAAUAGUCCAAAACCUGCCAGACAUGUUAGAGAGCAACUGAGUCAAGACACAGGCCUAGAUAUGCGAGUGGUGCAAGUUUGGUUUCAAAAUAGGAGAGCUAAAGAGAAAAGACUUAAGAAAGAUGCAGGCAGAACAAGAUGGAGCCAAUAUUUCCGUUCAAUGAAAGGUGGCUCUUCACCAAGGCAUGACAAACUUAUCGAUAAGGAUGACAUGAAAGUUGACUUGGACAGCUUUAGCCAUCAUGAUCUCAGCGAUGACAGUUAUGGCACUGUAGUCAAUAUGGGUAUGGAUCAAGAUGGUUCUUCGCCUCAUAGUGUCAUAGGAAGGCCUUCGUUUCUUCAUGGAGGCUCAUCACCUUCCUAUCUACCAGGUCAUACCCCACCACAUGGUCAUGACCACUUUCCCUACCCAGACCAAUUGUCAGUAUACACCGGCAUAGGACAAGGACCCCCCUCCGGAAUGAACCUAUCGCACAACAUGCCCCUAGGAGCGGACACAGAUCUGAGCAACGACAGCAGCCCCAGGGGGUACCCAGACUUUCCCCCAAGCCCUGACUCCUGGUUGGGGGAACCGUCCAGCGCCCAUUACUGACCCCCACGAAGAAACUGGUCAUCUGUGAACUCAAAAUUGGACGUGAUGUUGACACUCGUAUAUUCAAAGUUAUAUUUAUGUGUCAUUUUUCGUGUUGGUUUUGCUACAGUCAAUUUCAAGUAACUGUUUACGUACAAACACGAGGAUGUUUGGUUGUAUGGCAGCAUUUUGUACUUGGGAAAUACGUCAAUUGACAAUUAGGUAGUGAGAAAUUAGUUGGGGCUAUAGAUUUCAUCUUUCAAGUAUCAGGCGUCAGUUCCGAGUGAUUAGAAUGAGAAAAACGCAAGUGGAAAUGUGAAAAUUUAACUGUUAAACCAUUAAAAUAUAAUUUCGAAGAAACCUUGACAAAAAAUGAAGAUAUAACAAAAUAAAAUAACUGAUUGAGACGCACAUACAGUAUACCUACAUAUUAUGAGCUUUUCUGCUUGGCCAAGUGAAAAACUAUGGACGCCUGGUACUUGUUACCGAGUUUCCAUCUAUCAAACAUCCAUAUAUUACAAAUCGAACUCAGAAGAGAAUACUCAUCGAUGUUUUACACAAUCGAGCACAUGGCACAAGAUUUUGAAAUUGGCUGUGUCACUGAAAGCUGUGUACAGUACAUAUUCUAGUCAAAACGAUUUACAAAUAUAUUGUAUGAUAAAAGAUAUGUGUCCGUAUAAGAAACUAGUCGUCAAUUUAUUAUUAUUUUU